CUAAAAUGGGGGUUUUUUUCUUUUCAGUAUAAAAGGCUUGAUUUUUUUUUCUAAUUGUAUAAUCAUUUAAAAAAUAAAAAAAGUUAAAAUGCUUACUCUAGCUCAUCGUCGUCGUCGUAUUAUCGUUUGUUUGGAUGGUACCUGGGAGACACCCCAAGAAAAAACAAACGUCUACAAGUUUUAUGCCAAUUUAGAUUCUACUACGGAUCAAACUUGGGAUUAUAAAAUAAGUUACUGUCCAGGCUUAGGCACAAAAGGUAACUAUCCUCUACUCGGCGGUCUCUUUGGUUACGGCAUUACGGAUCAAAUCUUAUCUGCAUAUCAAUACAUCUGUAAAAAUUAUCGAAACGAAAAUGAUGAAAUUUGGCUGGUUGGUUUUAGUCGUGGAGCUUAUGCUGCACGUAGCUUAACAGGUUUAAUUUAUAAUGUUGGGCUUUUGCCAGAAAAUCAGUUACACCAUUCAAAGGAUGCAUAUCAACAUUAUCGGAACCGAGGUGACGCUUCUCGCCCUGGCGAGCUCUUAUCACUAAAAUUUCGUACAAAAUUCAAUUGCAGAAUGCCUUCCAUUCACUUCUUGGGUUGCUUUGAUACGGUUGGAUCAUUAGGAGUCCCCAAACUUCCUUGGUAUCUUGGUGGCUCGGCAUUUUACAGCCUAUUUUCAGGUUUGCACGAAUUCCAUGACACAAAAUUGUCACCAAUCGUCAAAAACGCCUAUCAUGCAGUAUCAAUUCAUGAACAACGUGAAUGGUUUCGUCCCACCCUGAUGCAAAUUUCAGCAGCGGGUGAUCAGCAAGUACUAGAACAGGUUUGGUUUCCUGGUAUGCAUAGCGAUGUUGGCGGCCAACAAUCUGGUCCGUAUGAUAACGUGCUUUCAAGUCAGUCCUUGCACUGGAUCAUGACUAAGGCAAUCCAAAAUGGCUUAGUGUUUAAACCCCAUUGCCCUAUAAACACUCAGUUUAUUUAUCAUGAUAGCUACACUAGUUCUUUGAUCUAUAGAUUGAUGCCUCGUCAAGAUAGGUCUAUCGAAAGAGACGUUAUUACAAACAAUUUCUGUCUUUCACAACUAUUCAAGGCAGGAAAAUUUGAUUAUUUGACACAGGAACAAUUGGGUUUGUACCGAUCAAAAACCUUGCCAAAUUUUUAUAGUUGCAUUCAACAACAAAUUAAGCUUUCAUAAUCUACCC